ACACUUACAGUCUGAGCUCCAUCGCACAACCAAACGCCUACGCACGCCGUCACAGCAGCCUCCGCUGCCAGGAAAGCCUCCCCGUCGUCUUCGCUCCCACCACCGGAGUCACCGUUUGCUCUCCGGCCUCUGUAGUUGAAGUUCGUCGGCCUGUUCUCCGAAGCUGUCGCACACUCGCACUGAACUACUGAAGGUCGAAACCCUCGUCCUAAACCCUUGAGUCGCCGUCUGCUUUCCGGCCUCCGCAGCAGAAGUCCGUCGCCCUGUUCUACGAAGUCGUCGCUCUGAGUGGCCGUCUGCUCUCCGGCCUCCGCAACCGCAAGCUGCACAGUUGUCCCCAGAAUGCCUUCUUGAUUUCUUGGACCUAUCAUCGAAGUAUAGAGCUUCAGAAAUUGCUAAUAGAAUUGAGGCUGCAAUGCAUAUCUGGAGGCAGAAGCACAAAAAGAAGCAAUAAAAACCGAUAUGGAUUCCAUGAGGAUGGAUUAUAGGUUUUUAAAGAAGAGUUGCAGUCCUCUGGACAACUCAAAACACAUGGUACCUUUCGUUAGGAUGAUGUGUACAUUCAUGGAGAUACUCUUUUGUAGAUAAAACCAGUCUUAUUAAUAUUUUCAAGAUGAGGGAGAAAAAAAGAUGAUUGGCUGAAGAACAGGUUACAAAUUCUUGAGAUUAUAAACUGGAGCUAAUCGGGUGAUUGACUAAAAGAUGAAACACCAGUCCGAGCCAAUGGGCGUAACGAUUGCGAGGGCGGCUACUCGGGUCGAGCCGGCGAACGAAGAAAUGGCGCAAGGUUUUGAAGAAGAGGAAGCACCCCGAGCCAAAAUCGCGCUCGGGAAGAAAAAGACCAAGGCCAAGCCAUCCGGGGAACAACAAAUCCCGAUCGCCCAGCCGAUAGGCGCGUCUACAACCGUCACCACAGCCGAAUGCUAUGUGGUCGAGACUUCUGACGUCCUGGUCUCCCGGGUGACUGCCCGUAAGGGCAAGGAGAAGGCGUCCGAGAAGGAGGCCGAAGACGGCGGCGCACUGAAGCGCCGAAGGAACCAGCGCAGCCUGAGCCCUCCGGUCGGGGCCAUCACGAGCGAUGCAUCAAUCCUCACCCGGAUCGGCAAUCUCGGGCCGGUCAGGGAGGAUAUGACAAAGCUGACCCCGACCCAGGUGGCCGAGAAGAUUAGCCAGGAUCUGGUCGAGUUAUCCCGAGCGGCUCAAGUCCUCCAAAGCCGAGCGCUGCUGGCCAAUGAGGCCGAUGCAUUGAAGAAGGUCGCCAACCGGCGAUUGGGGGAGAUUACCGACCUCCAGGUUGAGCUAAAGAAAGCUAAGGAGGGUCGGGAACUGGCGAAAAAGGCCGCCCGGGAGGCAAAGGGGGCCCAAGAGCUGGCCGAGAAGGCCACCAAGGAAGCUCUUGGGUAGGGGUGGAAAUAGGCCAGGCCGAGCCAGACUUUAGAAAAUUAGGCCUGGGCCUGUUAGGAAAAUCUAAAGCCUAGGCCUGAGCCUGGGCCUGUAUGUAGGCUUUUAUUUAGGCUUAAGCCUGAGCCUGCAGUUGGCCUGGCCUGGCCUGAAGCCUUUUUAAAAGCCUAUUUAAUAAAUAGGCUUUUAAAAAGGCUUCAAAGUAGGUCCUAAAUAGGCUUUGAGCCUAUUUAAAUAGGCUCAAAGCCUAUUUAAGGCCUACAUUUUAAAG